AUGAAGUUGACGUUGGCUUUGUUAGCCCUUGUGGGAUGCACCAUGGCUGCAGUGUAUAAGUCUCACGUCACAAAAAUCGAAUCUGCGCGUAUGAGAAUGAUACGAGAAGGAACCUGGUCUGAGUAUGUCAAGAAGAGGGACGCUUACCGGACUGCAAUGCGCGGCGACGUCAUACCUCAAGUUGCGCACGACUACAAUGACGUAACGUAUGUUGGAAAUAUUACACUUGGCACACCAGAGCAAACAUUUACGGUCGUUCUUGACACUGGAUCCUCAAAUUUGUGGGUCCCUGACGCUUCUUGCCAUGUUCCGGUCUGCUCAAAGAAGAAUAAAUUUGACCAAUCAGGGUCUUCAACAUACAAGGAGAAUGGCGAACGAUGGGAGAUCCGGUACGGUACCGGUUCAGCAGCAGGAAUUCUUGCAGAAGAGACUUUAAGAUUCGGUGACCAGGGCACUCAGCAGUUAGUUGUUCCGGAGACAGUAUUCGGUCAAGCUCAAAUGCUUGCUCCCUUUUUCAACACUCAACCCUUAGACGGCAUCCUUGGAUUAGGAUUUCCCGAACUUGCAGUGAACGGUGUCUUGCCUCCUUUCCAUAGAGCAGUGAAGCAAGGGCUUCUCGACCAACCAAUCUUCACCGUGUUCCUCAAGCAUGUUGGAAACCAGGUAAAUGUCCCUGGCGGAGUCUAUACGUAUGGAGGCUUGGACAACGAAAAUUGCGGAGAAGUGAUUGCCUACGAACCUUUGUCUUCUGCUACAUAUUGGCAGUUCAAUAUAGAAGGCUACGGUGCCGGUUCAUUUUCCACAAAUCAACGUACUGAAGGUAUGUCGGAUACUGGAACCUCGUUCAUGGGUGUUGCUGACGCGUUGCUUAGACCGCUGAUUCGAGGGUUGGGUGCUCAGUACGACAGCAGGACUGGUGUCUUCUACAUGCCCUGCGACGCUGAUCCAAACCUUGAUUUCAUUAUUGGUGGUAAGACAUACUCAAUUAAAGCAGAGAAUCUUCUCCUCUAUGGAGAUGGUCACUUCUGCAUGCUACCCCUCUUCGGCAAGGACGCAAUGGGAUUCGGUCCUGCAUGGGUACUGGGCGAUCCAUUUAUUCGUCAAUUUUGUAACAUUCAUGAUAUUGAGAAAAAGCAAAUCGCAUCGCGUGGUGCAUCAUCCUCUGUUGCACCACCACAACAGCAACCCCAGCAACAACUGCAAGGAUCUAGUGGACAGGUUCCCUAUUGA